GUAGACAGCCUCAAGGUGGGCUUACUCAUUUGUGAAGACGCCUGGUUUGACACUCCUGCACUUGAGAGCAAGGCCGCAGGUGCGCAGAUACUGGUAGACAUUAACGCUAGUCCCUACCAUUUUGGCAAACGCGCCGAACGCUACGCGCGCAUGAUCCAGCUAGCGCGUUUAACAGGUUUGCCGCUGGUGUACGAACAUAUGGCAGGUGGGCAAGACGAGUUUAUUUACGAUGGAGCCUCUUUCGCAGUCGAUGCCCAGGGUCAAAUUCAAGCCAGCGCAGACAGCUUUGUAGAGGAGCUGAUGCAUUGCACAGUUUGGGACAAUGGCAAGGUAGAGGGCACGCUCACGCCCGAGCAUUUUCCCCUGCGCGAUGAUGAGGCCGAUUUGUGGGACGCCUUGGUAUGCGGACUCAAGGACUACGUAGAAAAGAACAAUUUUGCCCAUGUUUUGCUGGGAUUAUCAGGAGGCAUAGACUCAGCACUUGUAUUGGCUUUGGCAGUUGAUGCGCUUGGCAAAGACCGCGUUCGCGCAAUCAUGAUGCCCUCGCCCUACACCGCCGAUAUUUCCACCCAAGAUGCCGCAGAAAUGGCUGCUCGCAUGGGCGUGCGCUACGACAGCAUCAGUAUAUUGCCAGAAUUUGAGAGCUUUCAAAACAGCUUGAAACCCCUCUUUGAAGGCAAAGGCGCAGAUACGACAGAAGAAAACUUGCAAGCGCGUAUACGCGGCGUCAUACUCAUGGCAAUAUCCAACAAACAUGGGGGCUUGCUGCUGACCACUGGAAAUAAAAGUGAGGUGGCAGUAGGUUACGCCACGCUUUAUGGCGAUAUGUGCGGCGGCUUUGCCCCUAUCAAAGAUGUGGUUAAAACCAAAGUAUUUGCACUGGCUCGCUGGCGCAAUGCCCAUAACCCUUACGGCACUUGCGAAAACCCCAUCCCUGAGCGCAUCAUCACCCGCCCUCCCAGCGCCGAACUACGACCCGACCAAAAAGACCAAGACAGUCUGCCGCCUUAUGAUAUUUUGGACGCCAUCAUCGCCAUGUAUGUGGAAGAAAAUCUGGGUUUGGAAGAAAUUGUAGCCCUUGGCUACGAGCGCCAGACCGUAGAGCUGGUGCUGCGCCUAAUACGCAUCAACGAGUACAAACGCCGCCAAGGCGCU